AUGUAUGAAAUAUUUGAUUAUCUUGAUGAAUAUGAUAUUUAUGAAUCAUUUUAUGAUCUUAAUCAACGUUUUAAAAAUCUUCUUAUUAAAUCAAAUCUACCAAUUGAAAUUAGAUUUCCAUCGAUAUCAAAAUUAAAUUUUUAUAACUAUUAUCGUCAAAUGAUUCUUUCAAAUCGACAUCGAAUAACUUUAUUUCAUUUAAUAAAUCCAUUUACAAUUGAUCUUAUGUUUUCAUCAUCAUUUUUAAGUUUAAAAUUUAUUCGAAUUCAAACACUUAUUCUUGAUAAUAUGCAUGCAACAUAUCUUGAAGAUAUAAUUGAUUAUAGUAUUCCUUAUUAUUUACCUAAUCUUUCUUCAUUAAUUAUUCAUGUUGUUGAUCAAAUUCAAGUUCCAAACUAUUUUUAUUAUCAAAUUUUUUCUUUACAAACUUUAAAGUAUUUUAAAAUUACAUGUGAAACAAAAAAAGAUGAUAGAUUAUUGUUACUGAUUGAUGAUGAUGAUGAUGAUCAUGAAUACAGUCCUAUUGAAACUCUUAUUAUUAAUGAUUAUAUUCGACUUGAUGAAAUAAAUGAUAUUUUAUCUUAUUUUCCUAAUCUUCAUCGUUUAUCAAUUGAUUAUCUUGAGGGUAUUUAUAAUAAACAACUAAAACUUGAUUCAAUUCAUUUAAAAUCUUUAACAUAUGUUAAUCUUAAAGUUCAAUGUCUUGAUUUUAAUCAAUUUGAGCAAAUGAUUAUCGGUUAUUUCCAACAAGUUGAAUCUUUAUAUCUUUCAUCAGGAUAUUAUAAUGACUACUUAAAUGCAAAUCGAUGGCAACGAUUGAUUUCAAAUCAUAUGAAAAAUUUAAAAGUUUUUGAUUUAUAUCAUAUGGAUGUAAAACGAUUUGAUAAUAAUUCUCAACAAAUAUAUCAUGAUAUGAUUAAGAAUUUUGCUUCUCCAUUUUGGACUAAGCGACAAUGGUUUUUUACACAUCAUCAUGAACAAGAAGGAAAUUGUCAUACAGGAUAUUUUUAUUCAACAAAUCCAUAUAAGAGAAAAGAUUGUACUUUAUACUAUGGAACAGAUGAUAAUAAUUGUCAAUUUUAUCAACAAACAAAUUUCGAUAAAAUUAAUCAUGUUCUUGUAUGUGGUACACUAUCUAAAAAUAGUAGUAUUAUUAAUUAUUUUCCAAAUGUUACUGAACUUACUCUUGAUCUAUCUAAUGAUUCAAUUGCAAUCGAUCUUAAUCGUAUUCUUCGUUUAUCAAAACUUAAGAAAUUAGUUAUUGAAUGUUAUGAAUUUCCUUUUAAACGAUUGAUCAAAUUAUUAUAUUCAACAGUUAAUUUAAAUUCAUUAAAACUUCGUAGAACAUCAAUAAAGGAUACUGAAUAUGAACCAAUUCAACAAAGUGAAGCAUUUCGAAUGAUAUCAAAUAAGAAUAUGAUUAAACAUUUGGUUAUUGAUGAAUGUUGCACAUUGAAAAAUAUUCAAUUAUUUGUUGGUUUAUGUCCUCGAUUACAACAACUAACAAGUGGAAUGAAUCGAAAAGAAUUUUUAUCGAUUGUGCGAUUUUUAUUAUCAAAAAAUGACAAAAGUAUUCAAAAUUUAUACUUUUUAUGUAUUUUACAUGCACCCAAAGUAUCAUUGAAGGAAAUGAAAAAAUUUAUUAAAUUAGAAAAAGUAGUUGAUGAUUAUUCGAUAAACCAUAUUGAUCGUAAAUUGUAUUUGUGGUGGUAA